CUCUAAUUGAGCCAUGGGGGUUUUUUUUUUGUGGUAGUGUUUCCAUUCGAUAAUUGGCCCUGCUCUUUGCCACAAUGCCGCCUAACUACAAGCGCCUCGAUAAGGACAACUGUGUAUUCCUGUUCAUCGAUCACCAGGCUGGUCUCAUCCAGCUAGUGCGAGACUUCGACCCCCACGAAUUCCACAACAAUGUUUUGGCCCUGGCCAGAGUGGCUCGCUACUAUGAGGCACCGUCUAUUCUAACCACUUCAUUCGAUACUGGACCGAACGGUCCAAUUGUCAAGGAGAUCCCGGAAGCACUUCCCAAUGCCCCAUUGAUUAGACGUCCGGGUCAGAUCAAUGCCAUGGAUAAUGAAGACUUCGCCAAUGCCGUCCGGAAGACUGGCAAGAAACAGGUCAUCAUCAGCGGGGUUUUGACUGAAAUCUGUGUUGCCUUUCCUGCUCUGAGUCUGAUCGAGCAAGGUUAUGACGUGUUCAUAGUCACCGAUGCUUCGGGUACAUUCGCUGAGCAUACAAGAGAGGCUGCUCAUAAACGAAUGGUGCAGGCCGGCUGCCAGCUGCUUAAUUGGGCAGCAGUAGCGGCGGAGAUUCACCGAGAUUGGCGUCGGGAUAUUGAGGGAUUUGGUGCUAUCUGGCGUGAUUAUGUUCCUGCGUACUGGUGUCUGAUACAAAGCUACGAGAGUGCUAAGGAGAAUAAAUCCUAAGGAACGAUGCAAUAUUGC